AUGCGGGAUAUCGCCGUUUUGGAGGCGUUUUCUGGAAAGCUUGUCCACACGACUGCUUGGGAUAAAACGUACGACUGGUCUGACAAGAGAAUAUCGGUCAUUGGUAAUGGCUCAUCUGGUAUCCAAGUUGUUCCCGCGCUCCAGCCCAAAGCCGCCAGGAUCGUCAAUUACAUUGGUCACCCGACCUGGGUCAAUCUCUGUCUGGAGAUCGCAAAGGAUGGAAUGGGAUCAAACUUUGAAUAUAGCGAGGAAGAGAAAGCGAAGUUCCGAGAUGAUCCCCAAGCAUUCCUGGAGUACAGGAAACGGGCUGAGUGCUUACUGCUUACAACCCUUUUUUAA